AUUGUCCCCACAGAUGGAAUACACAGAGAAUAAGCCAGAGGAUAAUGGUACUACAGUGACAAAGUUUCUUUUUCUUGGUUUCUCUAACCUUCCCAACCUACAAGGAUUUCUGUUUGGGAUGUUCUCCAUAAUGUAUGUGAUUAUCUUCAUAGGAAAUAGCUUCAUAAUUGUCAUAGCUAGAAUUGACCCUGCACUGCAAAAGCCCAUGUAUUUUUUCCUGGCCAAUUUUUCAUUUCUGGAACUAUGUUAUGUAUCAGUCACUCUUCCUAGAAUUCUGUACAAUCUUUGGACUCAGGAUAGAAGAAUUUGUCUUCUGGCCUGUGCUAUUCAGAUGUUUUUCUUCCUAAUUCUGGCAGCUACUGAGUGUUUCCUACUGGCUGUGAUGUCAUACGACCGCUAUGUGGCCAUCUGCAACCCUCUGCACUAUCCUCUGGUCAUGAAUCCAACAAAGUGCACACAGCUGGCAGUUGGCUCUUGGCUUGGUGGCAUCCCAGUCCAGAUAGGACAAACUUGUCGAAUUUUCUCUCUACAUUUCUGCCAUUCUAAUAGAAUAGACCACUUCUUCUGUGACGUUCCACCAAUUCUCAAGCUAGCCUGUGGGGAUACUUCAAUGCAGGAGCUGUCUGUCUACUUAGUGGCUAUGCUGUUUGUUGCCUCCCCUUUCAUGCUGAUACUUGCAUCUUAUAGCAAAAUCAUUGCCACCAUUCUGAAGUUGCCAACAGCCACGGGACGGGCAAAAGCCUUUUCUACAUGCUCUUCCCAUCUGUUGGUAGUCGUUUUGUUUUUUGGAUCAGCUACCAUUAACUACUUGAGGCCAAAAUCCAUUCAUUCUGCAGGAACUGAUGAGCUACUUUCUCUAUUCUACACGAUUGUGACACCCAUGUUCAACCCCCUGAUAUACAGCCUUAGGAACAAGGAUGUAAUUGCAGCACUGAGAAGAGUUUUACUUACUAAGCCAUAGACUUACAAGUGAAUGAACAGCUUCU